ACCAAGAACUUGGACUUCCGCCGAAAGUGGGACAAAGAUGAGUAUGAGAAACUUGCAGAAAAGAGGCUCACAGAAGAGAGAGAAAAGAAAGAUGGCAAACCAGCUCAGCCCGUCAAAAGGGAACUUCUGCGGCACCGGGACUACAAAGUGGACUUGGAAUCGAAGCUGGGGAAAACCAUUGUCAUCACCAAAACCACCCCUCAGUCAGAGAUGGGAGGGUAUUACUGUAACGUAUGUGACUGUGUGGUGAAAGACUCCAUUAACUUCUUGGAUCACAUCAAUGGCAAAAAACACCAGAGAAAUCUGGGCAUGUCCAUGCGGGUGGAGCGCUCCACGCUGGACCAGGUGAAGAAACGCUUUGAAGUGAACAAGAAGAAGAUGGAGGAGAAGCAGAAGGAUUAUGACUUUGAGGAGAGGAUGAAGGAACUCCGUGAGGAGGAGGAGAAGGCCAAAGCCUACAAGAAGGAGAAGCAGAGGGAGAAGAAGAGGCGGGCAGAGGAAGACCUGACAUUUGAGGAGGAUGAUGAGAUGGCAGCCGUGAUGGGUUUCUCUGGUUUUGGCUCAACCAAAAAGAACCACUGAGCAAAUCUGGACUCUCCUCUUUCUUGAAACAGAUUGUUUUUACCCAGGGGACUCUGGAUAACUCUUUAAAAAGACUUGAUUGAGGACUUGUAUGUAAAUCUCUCAGUAGAAAUGGGUUGGAGGAGGCGAAAAGUGAUUCCAUGCUCUACCUGUGCUGCAGAACAAGCUCCGCCUGUCAUUAGCUCCCCAUCUCCUUUUGUGUCCUAGAUCUGGCUGCUCAGCACUGCUCCAUGGCCUUGUGUGUGCAGCAAGUGUUCUGCUGGGUAUAGUUUUGUGUCAG